AUGUCUCCCAUCUCAUUGCUUGGACGUUCAGCCCAGAUAUAUGCGGACGCCGCGGCCCUCGGUAUAGACAUUCCCACCAACCACAGCCUCUUCGAAGGUGGUGAGCUUUUCGACAAAACCCUGCUUGAAGAUCUUCGCGACCAGGUCUACAUGCUCCGCGGAUGCAGUGGCGAGCCUGUUGCGCACAUGCCGGGGUUUACGCCUGCUGAUCUCGAGGCUGAGGUUUGA